AUGCCGGGCGGCCGCCGGGGGCUAGUGGCCCCACAAAACACAUUCCUGGAAAACAUCAUCCGCCGAUCCUCAUCACAACCAGACAGCAGUUUCCUGCUGGCCAACGCGCAGAUCGUCGACUACCCCAUUGUGUACUGCAACGAGACCUUCUGCAAGAUGAGCGGCUACAACCGAGCCGAGGUCAUGCAGAAGUCGUGCAGGUGCAGCUGGAUGUACGGCGAGCUGACGGAGAAGGAGGCCGUGCAGCGCGUGGAUCGCGCACUGGACCACCACCUGGCCGACCAGUUCGAGAUCCUGCUUUACAAGAAAAACCGCACGCCGCUAUGGCUGCUCGUGCACGUGGCGCCGAUCCGCAACGAGCGCGAGCUGGUCGUGCUGUUCCUACUCACUUUCCGCGAUAUCACUGCGCUCAAGCAGCCGAUCGACGCCGACGACCCCAAAGGAGGGCUGUCGAAGUUCGCGAAGCUGGCGCGCAGCGUGACGCGGUCGCGCUCGGUGCUGGUGUCGGCACUACCGGCGCUCAAGGAGCCGGCGCGGCAGAGCCAGCUCGCGCAUGUCAGUACCAACGCGCACCAUGUGCUGUCGCUGUCGGGCGACGUGCUGCCGCAGUACCGGCAGGAGGCGCCCAAGACUCCGCCGCAUAUCCUGCUGCACUACUGCGCGUUCAAGGCCAUCUGGGACUGGAUCAUCCUCUGCUUGACUUUCUACACGGCCAUCAUGGUGCCGUACAACGUGGCCUUCAAGAACAAGACGAGCGAGGACGUGUCGCUGCUCGUCAUCGACUCAAUCGUGGACGUCGUCUUCUUCAUUGACAUCGUGCUCAACUUCCACACGACCUUCGUGGGCCCCGGCGGCGAGGUGGUCAGCGACCCCAAGGUCAUCCGCAAGAAUUACUUCAAGUCUUGGUUCCUCAUCGACCUGCUCUCCUGCCUACCCUACGAUGUAUUCAACGCGUUCGACCACGACGAAGAUGGCAUCGGCAGCCUGUUCAGCGCGCUGAAGGUGGUGCGGCUGCUGCGGCUGGGCCGCGUGGUGCGCAAGCUGGACCGCUACCUGGAGUACGGCGCCGCCAUGCUCAUCCUGCUGCUAUGCUUCUACAUGCUGGUGGCGCACUGGCUGGCCUGCGUGUGGUACAGCAUCGGCCGCUCGGACGCCGACUCUGGCCUGCAAUACUCCUGGCUCUGGAAACUGGCCAAUGUCACGCAGAGCCCUUACUCGUACGUGUGGUCCAACGAGUCGGACGGGCCCGAACUGGUGAACGGACCCUCGCGCAAGACGAUGUAUGUCACCGCACUGUACUUCACCAUGACCUGCAUGACCUCCGUGGGCUUCGGCAACGUCGCCGCCGAGACCGAUAACGAGAAGAUCUUCACCAUCUGCAUGAUGAUAGUCGCAGCGCUGCUGUACGCGACGAUAUUCGGCCACGUGACCACCAUCAUCCAGCAGAUGACCUCGGCGACCGCCAAGUACCACGACAUGCUCAACAAUGUGCGGGAGUUUAUGAAGCUGCACGAGGUGCCAAAGGCGCUCAGUGAGCGCGUUAUGGACUACGUCGUCUCCACCUGGGCCAUGACCAAGGGCCUCGACACCGACAAGGUGCUGAACUAUUGCCCGAAGGACAUGAAGGCAGACAUCUGCGUGCACCUGAACCGCAAGGUAUUCAACGAGCACCCGGCCUUCCGACUGGCGUCGGACGGCUGCCUGCGUGCGCUGGCCAUGCACUUUCACAUGUCGCACUCAGCGCCCGGCGACCUGCUCUACCACACGGGCGAGUCUAUCGACUCGCUGUGCUUCAUCGUCACCGGCUCGCUGGAGGUCAUCCAGGACGACGAGGUCGUCGCCAUACUCGGCAAGGGUGACGUGUUCGGGGACUCGUUCUGGAAGGACACUGCGGUGGGCCAGUCGGCGGCCAACGUGCGCGCCCUCACCUACUGCGACCUGCACACCAUCAAGCGCGACAGACUACUCGAGGUGCUCGACUUCUACCAGGCCUUCGCCAACAGCUUCGCGCGCAACCUCACGCUCACCUACAACCUGCGUCACCGCCUCAUAUUCCGUAAGGUGGCGGACGUGCGCCGCGAGCGCGAGCUGAUGGAGCGGCGCAAGCGCGAGCCGCAGCUGGAGCAGGCGCAGGACCAUCUCGUGCGCAAGAUAUUUUCGCGGUUUCGGCGCGAGCGCAGCGUGGCUGCGGCGCCAGGCCCGCGCGCUUCCGCCGCGCCCACCGGAGCGCCAGCACCCGCCGCGCCCGCCGCGCCUACCGCGCCCACCGCGCCCACCGACGCCGCGAACACUCCCUGUGGGGACGCGGAGCGCGGAGAGGGCGCUGCAGGGCCGGGGCCGGGGGCGGGGGCGGGAACAGCACGAGGCAAGUGGGGCCGGCUGUUGGCGGGCGGGUCGCUGGACGCGCCGGAUGCGCCGCGCGCCGCCUUCACGCGCAGCCUGAGCGCGCGCGACCGCCCGCCGGCCGACGCCUCGGCCGCGGCCCCCGCACCCGCGCCUACCUCACUGAAGGCUGCGUUCGGCCGCGGGCGCGCUGCCAGCGUGCUCAGCGCUGCCGUGGCGCGCCGCGACGCCAUCGACGAGGAGACGGACGACAAGCGCACUAUCCCCAGUCCGCUCGCCGCGCCCGCCGCACCCCCCGCGCCCACCGCGCCCGCCGCACCUCCCGCGCCCCCCACGCCCGCCGUGCCCGCCGCGCACGAGGCAGCGUUGGCCGAGCUGCGCCGAGACGUUCGUAAUGAGGUGCAGAGGCUGCAGCAAAAGCUGGGCCGCGUGGAGGACCUGCUCACGUUCCUGGCGGCCAAGCUGGGGGCCGAUCCGCCGCCCCCCGCGUCCACCGCGCCCCCCGUGCCCGCCGCGCCCCCCGUGCCCGCCGCGGUCACUUCCGCGCCCUCUGCGUCCUCCGACACCUCCGCCACGGCGGCGGCGCGAAAGCGGCGUUCCAAGGCGCGAAGUAAAGGAGCGGCGCCUCAGGUGCCGACACCGACAUCGCCGAGCGAGCCACCGAGCAGCCCGGGCGCGGGGGGCGCGGCGGGGCGCCGGCGCGAGUUCGUGUAG